AUGUCGCUCUUCUCCAUUGUUGCGGGAAAUCCUGGAGAGCCUCGUGGCUUGGGGUGUGGGUGUGUCCUAGCGCCGUUCCCCACAACGACGCGGUGCUGGCAGGAGAGCGCUGUUUGGAGUAGGGCCGAAUGCAAGCAUGCGACCAAGAGAAUCAGCCGCUUCCAUGAUUGGGCGGUGGGGCCAGCCGCGGCCCUCGCUCUCUGUUCUCCUUGCUGCCUUGCGUCCUGCCAGAGAGGAUCGGAAGAGGCGGAGAGCUGGAGCAGGCGGGGUCGCCCCCUGGGAGCAGACACCCUGCCAGACGCCCUGAGUCGCGCCGACGCCAGCCUGUGAGCUUUUCCCCCAAAACCCGGACCUCAUGCGGGAGCUUGGGGGGAGACGCACGCUUCAUGCAGUAACCUGGCGUCGCCGGCUCGAAUUGGCUCAAGAAAACGUCCGGGGGUUGGGUGGCACUGCACGCCCAAAGGACAGCACCGACACUCGCAUCUGG